AUGCUACCCUCAGAUAAAUGCGACGACGCUGCGUGUUUCCCACCAGGGCAUCGCCACUCACUGGCAUCUGAGUCCUUCACAGCCCUGGCUUUCUCCUCCAUACCGUUCAUCGUAACGUUCCUAUCCGUCAGUCUUGUCGUCUUACACAAGCUGUUUCCUGUCGUAUCGAGUCUGCAGCAAUCGAAAGACGAUGAAGACCAUUACCUUCCCAGCGAUGCCCCUCCCAGUCUUAGGCAGAAGCAUGCCGAGCAGGGUGCGAAAUCAGGGAGACGGAGAGUUGUGGCGGUCACCUUUUCUGCUACAAUAGCUCUAGCGGCAGUACUAGCAGAGUUAAUUCUCUGCGAGAUAUCGAAUACAUUGAACCCAGCGGCCAGGACGCUUGCUUUGAAAGCCACUGUCCCGACUUUACUCUUCUCACUGGUUGUCCUUAUACCAUUUCUCGAAUUACAGUCUAUUGUCUCUAGCUCAGGGUGGUCAUUUCGGAGAACAGAACAAGGAAGACUACCGAAAACAGCGUGGUUGUUACAGACAUGCGGCUUUACGAUCUGGUUGAUGGGAUUUUGGUGGCUAGGAAAAGGGAUUCCUGGGACAUACAUACACAGGAUGGCUUCUCAGCCUGGUAAAGGGCUCAGUGAAGCAUGUCUGGAACGAGUUGGAAUAAUUGGGAUCUCUCUGAUGGCUCUACUCUCCGGAUUCGCUGCUGUUUCAGCUCCCUGGCAGACCUUUGGGGCAAAGCCUCGACCGGUCAGCGAAGCAGACGUUGUUCGGAAACAAGCAGGCCUUGAUGCCACGAACGAUAUGCUUGCUGCAAAACGCAGCCGUCUCCGCGCUCUCCAGCGUAAAGUAAAGGAAGCCCCCUCGGAAGGCUUCAUGACCAAAGUAAUCGACACAAUCCGCGGCAGCGCAGAUACCCAAGAGCUGCGCUCCCUCGAACUCGAAAUCUCCGGCCUAAACUCCAUGGCCAUCAACCUCUCGACCUCUCUAUCUCUCCUGCAGAAUCGCCUUGCAUCAAGCCAACGCGCCUCCUCGCCCGUAGGGAAACUAAUUCUCACACCCUCUUCCUACGCCUUCUCCCUCUACUGCGUCUACCGCGUCCUUUCCACCACGCUCACCACCGCCCGCCGCGCAGCCUCUCAAUCUGCAGAUCCAAGUCUCACAUCCUCGAACACAGACCCUAUAAACCGAAUCCUGUCUUUGCUUGCAAAACAUGUGGAUCCAACUAUGGACCAACUGGCGUGGAGUCGACAGAUCUCAUUCCUGUUGUCGGGAAUUAUAUUGUUGGCAUCCUUCAACAGCGUCCUCCAGACGUUUCACAUGCUAACCAAACUCCUCCCCUCGCUGCUCUACCAAGCACAAGCCAACCUCGCUCUCCUCAUCGCGCAAAUAUCCGCUACAUACGUUAUCUCCUCCGCCCUUUUACUUCGCAGCAAUUUGCCGAGCGAAAUGAAGAGUGUAGUUAGUGAAGCGCUCGGAAGCCCCCUGGAACCAGGGUUCGUGGAACGUUGGUUCGAUGGCUGGUUCUUGCUUGCUAGUCUGGGAACGGCGGUCGGCAUUUGGAUUGGGAGGAACUUGGUGGGGAAUGGGGAUUGGGAUGAUUGGGAUUUCGAGGGGGAUGUGGAGAUGGGGCAGAAGAGGUCUUAA